AUGGCCUUAGAAGAGAAGAUCGACGCUAUACUCUCAAAAUCCCGUGCCAAGAUUCCCGACACUGUCGCGUAUCAUACAAGAACACAGUUGCGUUCUGAAUACCCAUCGUGCUCCAUUGAGGAGAACGAGAAGGAGUCCGUAAACCUCCCUGCCCUGCCCAAACCUGCGACUGGCGACUCGGAACUAAACCCCCCUUCCCGUCCUGCCCAAACCUACAGCUUCACCACGACGGGACAUUCAUGCCCCAGGGUCGAGAGCGGACAGAAGAUCGACGUCGGCUGGAGAAAACUCCUGAAUGGAAAUGCGAGGAUGGUCAUCAUUGAGGAUGCAUCCUACGCCCACCAAAAUUCAGCAGCGGAAUGGGAUGCGAAGACAAUCCAACUCAAUGGGUACAUGGCACAAACGCGUGUGGUGGAGCCAUCCUUGAGUGUGAACUUAUUUUUCCCCAGAAAAUCUGAUUUAGCCGGAAAUAAUGUGGCAGCGGCGCGCAAAAGGCUGUAG